UAAAAUGCUAAACCAAAGCAUAACUUAUACUUAUUAUUUUUAAAGACUUUUCUUUGAAAACCAAUGUAUUUAGAGAUCACCUAAUGAUUUAUUUUGAUUCUUGGUUUUGACCUAGUUCUAAAACCCAAGACUAUAACUAGCCACGUGAUUUAGUGGUGAUGUUGAUUAGCCAUAGCUAUUAUCUCACAAUUUGUCUAAAAAGGGAUGACAAAAAUUCCUUGGCAUCAUUUCAGUUUAUCCUUGUAGACUUCUCAAAGUGAGACACUGUGUGACUCUGUGGUGUCACCACACUUGGGCACUGCUGACACUCUUGCUGCUGUAGGCUUUGACAGGUGUUCUGUCUGUCCCCACUUGUGGUUAGUCUGGCCAUCUGCUCUAUCUCCCAGAGCUGUCAAGAGUCUGCAGUAAACCAAAAGGACACAAUCUUUACAGUUUAGAAACUGACAGAUGAUUGUUUAAAAGUACUAGCUAAAUAGUUGAAAUAGUUUUGCUUCCACUCAGGAAGGAGUAGGGACAGACAGAUGUGCCAUGUGCACAGGGAUCUGACCAUGAGAGGAGUGUGGGCUGAGGCUGAGCACAGGGGAACGGGACCAUGCACAUGGGCCCAGGGAUUGCGAGAACACUGUGUGGUGACUAAAGGACAUUCUUGAGCAUGUUUUGGAAUUUGGCACUAUUGGCUGGAAAAUGCUGAUGCUUUUAAGCGCUCGGUCCUCCUCAGAGGCUUCAAGAAGCUGAAGAAGUUGAGAGGUAGUAAGGAGAGGAGAGGAGUUUAAGUGCCAAGAGUCGGGUGGAGGGAGGAAGAGAUGCUGAACCUGUAUCUUAUGAGAUGAAGGAAAAAAACACGUUUCAGAGAAGGACAGAAAGGUCAAAUACUAAAUAAGUCAAACAAACAAAGAAUAUUCAGCAGCUGACCAUACUCAAAUAUACAAGCAAAAAAAAAAAUUUAAAUCCAAGGCUAUAUUUAGAGUGGUUUUCUCCAAAUGGAAUAUGCAAAAUUAUCUAUUGGAAUAUGGGAAAAAAUUAUUAGAGGUUAUUUUUAUAUAUUAAUAAAUCUCAUCCUUUGAAUUUUUUCAUUUUUUGUUUUAAAAUGUACAUAUUUCUAUUAUAGUACAUAUAAAAUUCAUUUAAAUAAAUAUGUAUAUAUCUAGGGGAACUUUUACUAACUGAGGAAUAUGGUAAAAAAUGUGAUGCCACUGUCUCUAGAAAAUUCCAAAAAUAAUAAAUAAAAAUAGGCAUAUACCCCCAUAGACAGCAGUCCCUUCUGAGUGAGGCACUGGCUCAUCCCAUUCCUCUUACCAGCAUUCAAAAAGGAUCUAAAAGCCAAGGUUCUAAUGAUGGCAGGGAAGUUCUCAUCACUUAAAAGAAAACAUAUACUCUAAAGAUUCAGAUCAGGAAAUCUAAAUCACAAAGUGAAAGUCAGCUUAGGAGAUAUGCAGUAAAUAAGUCAGACCUAUACCCAGUAAAAUGAAGAAUUGUGAUGUCUAAUAUAAGGCAGAUAUGGUCAAACCUGUUGAUUCCACCCGUUUGUACCCUUGGUGAUUUAGACACUAGUCAGUCAUUUACUGAUUUACUACCCUUUCAUAAUAAGGGGAAUGAAUUCUGUAGUUUAGGGAAAAGACCAAAUUGUGAUCAAUGUUAGCAGCAUCAGAUCUUGUGUUUCCGUAAGCUGGAAUAAUCUCUAAAUCAGGAAUACUUAGUAUUCUGUAUUGUUUUUCCUGUAAAAGGCCAGAUAGUGAUUUACAUUAGGCUUCACAGGCUAGAUGGUCUGUUUUGCAACUAUUCAACUCUGAUAUUGUAGUGCAAAAUCAGCCAUAGACAAUAUUUAGGUGAAGGAGCCUGGCUGUGUUCCAAUAAAAAUAGGCAGUGGGCUGGGUAUGUCUCAGGGACUACAGUUUACCAAAACUUGAUCUAGAUGAUAUAAGUUGCAAAUGGGUAUGAAGCAAUAUUUCCAGAGUUUGUUAGCAAUUUGCAAAUAGGAAUUGAACACUUUCACUAGAAGCUAUUGUGAAGACAAAAAAUGUCUAUCUAUAGAAGUAGCUGAUGGCCGGGCAUGGUGGCUCAUGCCUAUAAUCCCAGCACUUUGGGAGGCUGAGCAGGUGGAUCCCUGAGGUCAGCAGUUUGAGACCAGCCUGGCCAACACGGUGAAACCUUGUCUCUAUUAAAAAUACAAAAAUUAGAUCAGCCAUUGCGCACCAGCGUCCCUUCUCUUCCUCGGCGCUGCCUACAGACAUAGCAGCGAUCUCUUGGUCGGCAUCAUGGCCGCCCUUAGACCCCUUGUGAAACCCAAGAUCAUCAAAAAGAGAACCAAGAAGUUCAUCUGGCACCAGUCAGACCGAUAUGUCAAAAUUAAGCAUAACUGGUGGAAACCCAGAGGAACUGACAACAGGGUUCGUAGAAGGUUCAAGGGCCAGAUCUUAAUGCCUAACAUUGGUUAUGGGAGCAAUAAGAAAACAAAGCACAUGCUGCCCAGUGGCUUCCGGAAGCUCCUGGUCCACAACGUCAAGGAGCUGGAAGUGCUGCUGAUGUGCCACAAAUCUUACUGUGCUGAGAUCGCUCACAAUGUUUCCUCCAAGAACCGCAAAGUCAUCGUGGAAAGAGCUGCCCAGCUGGCCAUCAGAGUCACCAACCCCAAUGCCAGGCUGUGCAGCGAAGAAAAUGAGUAGACAGCUUAUGUGCACGUUUUGUGUUUAAAUAAAACUGGCAUCUUCCUUAAUUUAAAAAAAAAAUACAAAAAUUAGCUGGGUAUGGUGCCUCAUGCCUGUAGUCCCAGUCACUCAGGAGGCUGAGGCAGGAUGAUCGCUUGAACCUGGGAGGCAAAGGUUUUAGUGAGCCAAGAUCAUGCCACUGCACUCCAGCCUGGGCGACAGGAGUGAAACCCCGUCUCAGAAAACAAAACAAACAAAACAAAAAAGUAGCUGAGGUUUGUGGUCAGUAUUUUUUAGGGCAAGAUUCAAAUUAAAAGUCUGUCUUGAUGUAAUAAAGAAGCAGUAAACUAAUAGACAAAUGCCGUUUAGUGAAAACAAACUGGACCAAUAAGUAGUCCAGAGAGGACUCUCGGAUAAGAAUUGUCAAAUAUUGGAAGAAGGCUGUGGAAUCUAAUUUUUGGAGAAAUUUAAAUUAAAGAGCAUUUAGCCUUACUUAAGUUGGCUGAAGCCCUUUCUCCAGGCUGUGACUGAAUUAAUACCUUCACAUAAUGUCUUCCAGCCCACUGAUUAGAGUACUUUUCCAAACUGGCUUAUUGUGUAUGAAUGUUCAUUGCAGCAUUAUUCAUAAUAGCUACAGUGGAAACAACUUAAAUGUCCAUCAACUAAUGAAAAGGCAAAUAAAAUGUGGUCAGUUUAUAAAACAGAAUGCUAUUUACCCGUAGAAAUACAUGCUGAUAUUUAUAUACAUACUACAUCAUAGAUGAGCCUUGAUAAUAUUGGGCUAAGUGAGCAAAGCCAGAUGCAAGGGACCACAUAUUGUAUGACUUCAUUUACUAUAUGAAAUGUCAAGAACAGGCAAAUUCAAAGAGACGGAUAGUAGAUUGUUUCUUGGGGAUGGGGAAGGGGCAGAAAUGAGGUCUGAUGGCUAUUGGGCAUGGGCAUUUUGAGGGAGGUGAAAAUGUUCUAGCAUCAGACAGUGGUUGUGGUUGCACAGGCCUGUGAAUAUGCUAAAAAAAACCCACUGAAUUGUGUAUUUUUAAAAGGUGAAUAUAUCUCCAUAAAGCUGUUAUGAAUAUAAGUUUAGGUUACUUGUGUAAUAUCUUCGUCACUUGAAAUAUUUGCCCCUUAUGGUCUCUAUGUAUCUUGACGAAUUUGAGGUAUAUUUGGCUAUCAUCACGUUCAGAUGCUUACGCUUUAACUAUGGAACUUCUGAGUCCUUCCUUUU